AUGCUGUGCCGGGCUCUGCGCGCCGCCGGGCCGCCCCGCCCCGCCCCGCGCGCCGCAGGGAAGAGCGCCGGCCUGCCCCGCGUCGAGGCCACCGCGUCGCUCGGCCGGCUGGCGCGCCUCGCGGGAGCGGGCGGCGGCCGCCGCCGCCGCCGAGGGCCUCGAGGACUCCUGGGCGGAGGCGCGGCACGGCGCCUCCAGGUCGCUGGCGGCGCUGGCGAGGGUGGACUCAGAGGCCGUCUUGGACGCGCUGACCGGCAAAGUCGGCCACCACGACUUCAGGGUGCGGCAUGCGGCCGGCCGCGCGAUGCUGGCGUCGGUGGGCGCGGUGGCGGCCGUGCCCGGCGGCAGGAGCACGCGGCCGAGGGCGCGGGCGAGGCCUGGGCCCGGGACGCCCCGAAGGCGACGACCUGCGUGCGGGCCGCCGGCCACCUGUCCCUGUGCGUGGCCGAGGCGUCCGGGGCGAUCGAGAGCGCCGACUGGGCCUCUCGCCGUGGCGCCGCGCCGGCGCUGCGCCUGCUCGGCGGGGUCGAGCUGUUCCAGGGGAGCUCCGCAGGC